AUGGCGAAAGGCGGCGGGCUCUCCAGCCGUCUCACGGGGACAUGGCUCAUUACUGUCAUUACAAUUGCCAAUGCCUGUUCAAUGGCUUGGUUUGGAUACGACCAAGGUGUCUUUUCUGGAGUGUUAAUUUCUGCAGACUUUAAGAAACAUUUCCCAGAGACGUUAGACCCAAACAUUUCCGGCAUUACUUCCAGUUGUUUCUCCCUUGGAGCCUUCUUUGGCGCCAUUGUUGCCUUUACCUUUGGCGAUAAACUCGGACGAAAGAAGUCAGUUGCCAUCGGUCUGACCUGCAACCUGGUUGGUGCAAUUCUACAAAUUGUAUCAUGGCACCUUCCCCAGAUGAUCAUCGGACGAAUUAUCAAUGGAUUCGGCAUGGGUUUGACUUCAUCAACCUGUCCCGUCUACCAGGCCGAGUGCUCAAAGCCCCGGGUUCGAGGCAAAUUGGUGGUCGUAGGCUCCAUGUCCAACACUGCCGCCUUCUGUCUCGCGAACUGGAUGAACUACGGUCUGUAUUUCCAAGGAAGCGCUCUGCAGUGGCGCUUUCCCUUGGGUUUUCAGCUCAUCUUUCCCGUCAUUGUGGCUAUUGCUCUUUUGUUCUCGCCCGAGUCUCCUCGAUGGCUUCUGCUCAAGGACAGACAUGAGGAGGCUCUCGAAGUCAUUGCUCGGCUCGAAGGCAAGGAUAAAACUAUUCAUGAUCCCGAUGUUGCUGCCCAGUUUCUCUCCAUUCAGUCUACACUCGAGAUGGAGAGGAAAGCCCGUGUGUCUACUACUGAGGUACUUCUAUGCCGUGACAAGACCCAGAACCUUCGACGGCUUCUCCUGUCGUGCGGAACGCAGUUUAUGCAGCAGUUCAGCGGAGUUAAUGCACUGGGAUACUACUUGCCCACUCUCCUACAGCAGAGUGUCGGUCUGAACGAACAGGAAUCUCGUCUUCUGACUGGCGUGAAUGGUACUAUUUACCUUGGAGCUGCGCUGUGCUGCCUAUUGAUCAUUGAUCGUUUCGGGCGUCGAAAGAUGAUGCUGUAUGGUGCUCUGACAAUGGGGUCAUGCUAUCUGAUUGCCGCGCUCUGCAUCAAGACUGCGGAAAGCGAUCCUUCACGGAAGGGAAUUCUCGGCCGAGUAACAACAUCAAUGUUCUUCUUGUACUACUUCUUCUACGGCACUAGCUUCGCCAAGGUCCCGUGGGUUUACAACUCCGAGAUCAACUCACUAGGCUGGCGGGUUCGUGGUGCUGCUGCUGCCACGGCCACCAACUGGAUGGGAGGGUUCAUCGUGACCCAAUUCACCAAAGUCGGUGCAAACAACCUCAAAUGGAGGUUUUAUCUGAUGUAUGCCAUUCUCUGCUGGUCUUACUUUCCGAUCGUGUAUUGCCUCUACCCUGAAACGUCGAGAAGGACUUUGGAAGAUAUGGACGAAAUUUUCAUUCAGAAUCCUGGUACAUUCGUAUUUGGCAAGAGAGUAUUGACGCAACGAGAGCGACCACAGGAAUUUAUUGAAGCUGAAGCACAGCGUAUUGCGGACGCAGAGAACAAGCAGCUGGGCAAGGAGAUCAUUAAAGAUUCUGUCACGACCCAUUAUGAGCGUGUGUAA